CUUAGAUCUAAAACAUUUUUAAGCAAAUAUAAUAUAAUAUAUUGUAGUGAAAUUGACACUUAUAUUUAUACGUGUUUGUUUCCACUUGAUUUUCAACGCACUCUUUCUCCAUUCAUACCCGCUUUUCCUGCGUUUUUGUCACCUUUGAUUUUGAUUCGAUUCUUCGCUCCUCUCCUCUGUUUCAGUUGUGGAGAAGGACCGACGAACAUGUCAAUGGCAACGGAGCCUGCAGCUGUAGCUGUAGCAGUAGAUGGUGAUGAUUUACUUGCGAGACUCGUCUACUUCGAAAACAGAGUGGCAUUUGCAAGGCUGAUGCUUCCAGCUGAAGCCAAACUAGCUCUGGAGAUUGCAGGCGUGGGAGGUGCUGAUUCAGGAUCUAAUGGCUCAAGUGGGAACUUAAGGGCUGCUGAUUUGAAUGAAACACCUGUUGAAAGGACCCAAAUACUCCAAGCAAGAUUGCAGCUCCUCAUUACAACAGUGGAAAAGGGCCGGCUAUACUUCCCACACUGCUCGGAAGUUCUUAAUAACUUUCUAGACUACGAAAUAGAGAGGCAUGAAUAUGAUGCCUUUUUUCCGGAUAAGGGCACACCAGAGGAGCAGGCAAAGAAGAAGAUGCUCUUCAUGGAGCUCAAAGAGGAUUUGCAGAAAGCAUUUACUAAGGACAUUGCAGAAAAAAACCAACCUGGCUCGUCAUCGUCUUCACCAUUAUCCUCCACUUCUUAGAAAGAGGCUGCAAAGAAUAAGGUCUGGAAAAGGUCUAGUUGGUCUUGGUUGUAGUUUUUUGUUCACUUAGAAGAAGCCAUUAGAUAGCUCGGUCAGUUUUUGUGUAGUUUUCUUUUCUCUUCUUUUUCUCUACGCCCUUUAUUGUAGCUUUUUCUGUAUUCUGCAAGAGAUAAUGAGCUUCGAGUGCUGUCUCAUAGAUUAAUGGAAACAUUCAACUAGAAAAAGCCAUGAUGUGGUAGUGGUUUUUCCUUUAUAUUUGAAGAAUUGCUAGUCAAUUAUUCUACUCAAUGAAAAUAUUAUUUGAUUUAACAACAGAAAAAAAGAA